AUGAUUAUUGACGAUCUCCCGCCAGAGAUACUUCACCUAGUUUCACGGCAUCUCCAUAGUAAUGAUAUCUACCAUCUGAUAUGCUCAUCGCGUCGACUUUACACCAUCCUACAACAAAGCCUCUACACCGAUGUACUUCUUUGUGGACGAUAUCAUUCAUCUCAACAAGUCGUAACCUUUCUUUAUGCAGUGACCCGAGAACCAAGGCUGGCUAGCUAUGUUCGGUGCUUGAAGCUGGCGGACUGGGACUGCGGUGCAGCUGAUCCUAUCCAUGUGGACAAAGCCGAGUUGGAAGUUGGCCAUAUAUUCAAACUUGUCUCUGAAAGACCCGGAUACUCCGAAGCAGAAAAAUCGGAAUGGUUGAAAGAUCUUGAAAGAGGAGAUGAAUGCGACCCUUGGCUGGCUCUGCUCAUUCCACAAUUGAAAGACUUGCGCAAAAUCUUUAUCAACUGGGCGGAUGAUGCAAAAUAUGUUUUAGAUAUGCUGCGAAGAAUCGCGAGAGAGCAAGAGCCAGUGUUUUGUCAUCUCGAAGAAGUCUAUGCAACCUGGUGCGAUGAUACUGAGGGGUUCAUUCCGUCUAACCGAAUGACUUCAUUUUUCAGUUUCCCAUCAGUGCGAAAGCUUGGAUGCUGUUGUCUGGGGGAGGACUACGAGAGCGAUGGGGAUGAGUAUGAUUCGGAUGAGUAUGCUUCCGACGACUCUAUUCACCUGAGACGUGAGGCUCCCUUGCCACAAAGCUCGAAUAUCAUCCAUCUCGACCUGGCAAACUCAAAUGCCGGAAAUGGAAUGCGAGACUGGGUCCAGGCAUGCAAAGCAUUAAAAUCAUUUCGGAUAAUUCACCACGGAGCACUGGGCCGCGGAGAAAGAUUUCAACCCCGAAGACUUUAUGAAUCACUUUCUCUUCAUAAAUCGACGCUGGAGUCUAUCUGGGCUGAGCCUGAUAGUGGGUUUCACAGAGAUAAGCAGGACGAUUGGAUGGGGAGUUUCGCUGAUUUUUCCGUUUUGAAGACUAUUUGUCUUCUCUUGCCCAAUCUUGUGGGAUUUGAUGAAAACGAGCGUCCUGUACGGAAACUCUUAGAUGUCCUCCCUCACUCGCUUGAGACACUGUACCUUAUAAUUAACAAGGAAAGUGAUGGUCUACUAGAUGUGAUGGAGCAGUUGGUAGAAUUGGCUAGUGCGGAAGGAUUUCCUAAUCUAGAAGCAAUACAUAUUGAAGGGUGGACGAUCCAAAGCGCAGAGGCUCAUGCGAAGCUUCAAUGGACGAAAAGGGCGUGCGAGGAGGCCCAGAAAUCGUUCUUCAUUCAUAACGGUGAUGGAGUUUUUGGCUACUGUGAAAAACCUACCUCGUGGGUAUUCGGUCCUGCUAAUGAGGCGAGACUUCUGGGCUGGUAUUAA